AUGGCUUCAUCGGCACACGACGAAAUGGAUGACACGAGGGUAGCCGCUCUCGAUGCGUUCAGCAGCAUCCAGAACCCUCUGAACACCGACGACUCAGAAUCGCCAUUGGAGACGGUCUACUCGGGAAGUAGCAGAGAGGGCUCUUCAAUUCCGAGCGAUUCCGAUGAUAACGACUGGGCAAAGCAAUUGGGUUGGGAUUGGGACAAAGUUUCCAAAGACGUCAUGGAUAGCAUUGAUUGGAAGAAGAGUGCGCGAAAUGUGAAGGACGAUCCUAACGCACCCAAGCCGCUGAGACCGCCGCCUCAGAAAGACAACUUCAACGGGGUGUUCAGCUACGUCGAGUAUAUUCCCGCAUGGACCUCCCCGAAGUUCGAUCCCAACAAAGAAUAUUUCGGCGUCGAGGGGCAGGAUGAGGUCACCUUUCAGCGGUGGAGGUCUAGCUUCUGGGCUCGCCUUCGACCUGCUCAAGCAAUGCUUGACUCUUUCUACAACCCUACAGCUAUGGCGAAGCGUUAUGGCAUAUAUCCCAACAGACAGGAUGGCAGGUCAAGACUGUCGCCUGUCGACUCGGUGUCCAGAAAGGUACAGUUGGACAGGCCGAUCUCGAUGCCAAACGGUACAUCAAAGACCUUUGUGGACAUGCAGUUCUACAAGUGGGUUCACGAUCAUGAGUAUUUGAGUCAAGAGAAUGCGCCCAACGUAGCCGCUGGGCAGAGUUUCGAGCGUUUCCUGGUCGAGCGGUCAAGAGCCGGUGACAAUGCGCAGCAGCAAAAUUAUUCUGAGGUUUACGAGAAGCUCUUACUACUUCACAAGCAGAUCCUAGACGACCAGGAGUAUCAGAGAGCCUACUUUAAAGAGUUCACCACUGAUGAGUUACUCACUCAGAAUGUCCUUCAAUUUCGAGACGACAUUGAGUACGACCUCCAAGGCGCUUUGCACCCGUUUCUCAGGCGGCAAAAGUGGGUUACAACAGAGGAUCGAGGCGACGAUAUAACCACACCAAAAUUGUUGUGGUCUUUUGGCGGGAACCGAGGGGAAUGGUCAGCGCAUGACGAUACUGUCUGGGCCGCCCUCCAGCCAGCAUUACAAGUUGUGACUCGCUUCCUAGAGAUGGAUGCGCCUGUUUUCAGCAGCCUGAUGGACUACCGUAGCCAGCGGCCUGUCAACCAACAAGUUAUCUUGAACGGCCUAGCCGUUGGCUGGAGGGAACGCAUCGCGUGGUUCGCACAUGUGGACCCGAGCAAAACCUGGGAAUGUCUUGCAAAGCUCCACGACCUAGGAUUCAACUCGGUAGACUGGGUCCAAACCAUUUUGCAGGAGCGCCUGGAGUUAGUUGUGGGCUCGGCGUAUCGCGACCAAGAUGGCAGAUGCAGCUCAAGACAUUUUGCCUGGACCAACUUAGAGGGGGUAAAUUAUGUCGCAAAUCAGUUCAAGACGCUGAGCCCCAGCUGGAGAAUCAGAAUUGAAGUUGCCGCCGAAGUUAUGUGGCCACUUCUGUCAGCAGACUUCACCAAGGCGGAGAAGUUGACCUGCUCAUUUGCCAUAGCCGCCACCAUCUUUCACGAGCUUGCACAUGCUGUUUCAAUUGCGCUGGAGACCAUGCGUUGCUACCCAUUGUUAUUCUCCCGCAAAGAAAACGAAGAGGAUUCACGCAUCUCACGCGAGGUACAUCAGCAACUCGAAAUUGCCGCUCAAGAGAUGCCCGGGGAGGGCAACGAGCCUUUCUUUGAGCAUCAAACGGAGGCUGAAGCGGGAUUUGCCGUCGAAAACGAGGUAUUUGGAGGCACUGUUUUCCCCAUCUUUCACCACUCGGGAAGCAAUACUCCCGACAACUUCGGCAUUCUCACUACCGCACUCAGCUUGGCAAGUUUUCCUGCACCCCGCCCGGUUGAAGUAAACAGCUUUAGCAUAAAUAUGAUGCCAGACUGGGUACCGCCUGUGCUCGACAUUCAAACACCAAUCCCCUACGACAUGACGGCCCGGUUCUUUACCCAGAGGUUUUGGGCUGUGGACUACAAAAGAUUUGGCGUCGAGACGCUAAAGCUGUACCCGGAAGGCAGAAUCACCAAAAGCGCGGCUCCACAGAUGGGGAUGAACAUGGUAGCCUCCCUGGCGCAAAUCUUUGGAAAAAAGAGAGCAGAAUGGAUGACCAGAGCUCUCCGCGAGCUGAACAACAGGGGCUUCGUGACCAUCGCAGACUAUCUCGACGAGGUGUGCAGACAGUACGUCUUGCCCAAGGUCACGCGACGGAACUGGUACCUUGAGAGUCAGAGAUGGCCAAUAGAUAUUGCGAGGGUUCAAGACUGUCUGGAUGGUGUGAGGGUAACGGGAAACAACUUCUUGGUUACUUUUACUAAGCUGACGGGGGAUGAGGAUCAAAAGCGUCAAGAUGUCAGGAACCUCAUUGCCAUGGCACAACAGCAUGGGACAGCAGCACCAGCAGUCAGCUUCGAAGCAUGCCUUGGACACUACAUGGAACAGCUUACAAGGUCUACGGAUAGGACUUUCUCGGCUUUCCUAGCGUGGCUCAAGGCUCUGGAGCGUGUCAUGGCCUUGCGGUUGCAACAUUCACAGUUUCUCAUCCGGUCGUACUUGCAGCUUGACUUCUCUGAUCGAUGCACCGUCACUGAGGGGAGAGGAAAGUUGCUGCGCGGACACAUGAGAAAGAUGGUCACCAGGCCAUACAACAAGGUCAAGAUUUGUUUAAUGGCAACGGUAAAAUUCAUACAGUCGCGGCUCGACCCUGGGGCGGCAAAUAAAUACGUUGAAGAGCUCGAGGCGUCCUAUGGACACUUGAUGGCUAUUUACCAGAUGACAAAAGAGACGAUGGAUUAUCUGAAGCCGGUAAACGAACACUUAAACGUCGGCGGCGCAGGGGUGAACUUAGCUUAUUUACCGUCAAGCACCUUCGACCCAGCGGCGCGUGCGGAGCGUGUCAGACCAUUGGCCAUGGCAGAUUUGGAGUUUGUAAAACCCGACGAAGUCAAGCAGAUUGUGAGAGUUUUCGAGACCAUAUUCCGGGCCCAAGAUGGGAAAGAGAUCCUCCGCAAGGAUCAGGCCACCCUGGACGAUAAACUCGCCGAACUAAAUAAUCUUCUCGUCGCGGGCUCGCAAGAUGCUGGUGGUGAUGCGCAACCUAGGCCUCCAAGAGAUCCGAGGUCGGGCCCUGGUCGGGGUCAGCGUGGCGCGGCGAACAUUUUCAACUUGAGUCGCAAGAGCAGAGGUAGCUCGCGGGUGACCAAACAGAACACUGCUACGCCAAAGAAGCCCCAAACCACUGUUAGCAGGUUGUUCAACCAGAACUCAGGUGGAAAUUCAAGGAGGACCCUACACACCUUCGAAAAGUUCACUCCUCUGCCACCUGCACCCACCAGCACGGCCUCAGCUCAGGCCGCCUCGCAGUUUACUCAGUACGCACCCGCCAACACGACCAUGAGGGGCUUCCCCACACAGACGCCAGGGCAGCCACCCGCAUUCGCCGCGGCCGCACCACCGGGAAACCCUUCCAACACCACGGGGCAGCAGCAGCCACAGCGCUUCCCGCUCUUUCCGCACCCGUUCGCAGACCAAACGACUAUCGACUAUGACCUGACGCCGGAGGAGCGGAACUGGGCCACCCAGAUCGCACAGGCGCAGCUGCCCAACGACAUGCGGUCCUACCGCGAGCAAAUUGCCGAGAUGCUCGAGUUCGACAGCGCCGACGCCGCGUCGGCCCUCAUGGCUAUGGCGUCGCUCGGCCCGCCCUCGCAGGACGGCGGGGUCGACAACAGGCGCCAGGCGCUGGCAGUCCACGCAGCCGUCAAUCAGGCCGUUGACGCGACGCUGCCUGCCACGGAUGCUGCAGGUCCCGCGGAUCUCACCUCCGCUGCGGCUUCGAUGCGGCCUGUGAAGCUGCUGACGGCCACGUGGGCGGCUGCUUGGACUCCUCGUGUCGCUGCUGCCGAUGCUGCGCCCGUGAAUGUGGUGGAUCAGUUGGCUGAGUACGCGACACGGCGGAUGGUCCAAGAAGUGUCAGAGUCUCAGGACCAGCCGGCUGGUCAAAAUGAUAAUGGCACUGCUGCUGCUGCUGCUGCUGCUAAUCCCCAGGCUGUAGAGGUGGUGAGCUGGACACAAUUAUCGAACGAGGAUCAGAUCAUGAGUGCUAUCAUGCAUGCGAAUGACGAUGAUGCUAUGCAGGUUGACGAUCAGCACGGGGAGGGUCAGUGA